UUGGAUUAAUUCUUCUUGAAGAAAAUAAUCUAAACGUAAUAUUAAUUAAAAUGGCUAAGAAGGUUAUGGAAGUUACAUGUGUUUUGGUAAUUUAUUCAAUCUUUUUCUUAGGAAUUAUGUUUGAUGGUGUCAAUGGUCGUCGUCAUGCUAAUCGUUGGUCUAAUGGUCAUGCUACAUUUUAUGGAGCUAAUCAAAGUCCUGCCACUCUUGGGGGAGCUUGUGGCUACGACAACACCAUACACGCUGGAUUUGGAGUCCACACAACGGCAUUAAGCGGUGUGUUGUUUAGGAGUGGGGAGGCAUGUGGAGCGUGCUACCAAGUUAAGUGUGACUAUAAGGCCGAUCCCAAGUGGUGCCUUCGAGGGCGAGGGGUCACCGUGACUGCCACCAACUUUUGCCCACCUAACAACCAAGGUGGGUGGUGUGACCCUCCUCGCCAACACUUUGACAUGGCCAUGCCUUCUUUCCUUCGUAUUGCUCGACCAGGCAAUGAAGGCAUUAUCCCCAUCGUUUUCAGAAGGGUAUCAUGCCAUAGGCGAGGCGGAGUCCGAUUCACAAUGAGAGGGCAAGGGAACUUCAACAUGGUGAUGAUCUCCAACGUCGGUGGUAGUGGAGACGUGAAGGCGAGUUGGGUGAGAAGUUCCAAGGCCAAAAGAUGGGUGCCUAUGUCCAGGAAUUGGGGUGUAAAUUGGCAAAGCAGUAAAGACCUAAGGAACCAAAUGCUCUCUUUCAAACUCACUUUGGUGGAUGGCAAAACUAUGACUUUUAACAAUGUUGUGCCUUCAUUUUGGAACUAUGGCCAAACUUUUAGCGCAAAAAAUCAAUUCAUGCAUUAGCAAUAAAAAUUACUUCCUCUGUUGUUAAAAUUUCUUCUUAUUUUUAUAAUUUGUCUUGUAAAAAAAAAAAAAAAUUGAGCAAGGGGAAUCUUUAGAGACAUACAUUUAUUUUA